UUGGCGACGCGUCUUUUUUUUUUCCUGGGUUCCGGCCGCAGCGCGUUUUUGACCAAUAAGCGCGCUCAAAGUUGGCCACUCGGACAGUGCAUGCAGUGCAACGAACCAAAAAAAAAAUGAGGCUGUUUCAAUUUUUUACUACUUUUCCAUACUUCUUUGAGGGUUUGUUCCUUGACAAACAGUAAUACACGUACUAUACUGGGAUCACAUUAUCAUCAGAAUCAUAUAUUGUAUCGCAAGAUAAAAUAAAAAAUGUGAUGAGCCAUCGCCCCCCAAAAAACCAAAUAAUUUAUCUGUCAUCCUUGGCCUUGGUAACAGCUUCGAUCCUUUCUGGCAUGGAUAGACAAGUCUGUUCCAUAGCUCAGAAUUGUAGAGACUUUCAAGUUUCUAUAUUACAUAUCUGGACUGUCUAUUUUCCGUUGGGAACCUGAACAUGGCACUCGCACUGGUCUUCAAUCGCUCAUCUUCAUACCAAAAGGCAUCAUCAAGUGGCAUGGUUAUCUCUUUCUUCAUAGAUAAAAGCUUUCAAAUUCUUCGUAACAAGGCGUAUAUCAACAUAGUGUCGCUGUUAUUGCCACAGGCGACGGAAGCAAUUAGCUGAGGAAGGAACACUGUGACAUCAUAAAAAAACUCCAUAGCUCGAUAUUCUGCUGAUACAUAUCCUUUGCAUUUGAAGUAAUAUCUUCAAUAACGCCAACAUUGAAUUUCUAUUCGAUGCUGGAAUGAAGAGUAAAUAUCAUGGUCAAUUUUUGUGCAAAUUGAUA